CUGUGUAGUGUGAAGUGUUUCCGUUUUGGUGAAGCAGAUGGAGGUAUACUCCCACAAGGAGACUGUUGUCACAAGGUAAUAAAGUUGGAGCAGACGGCGCAAAAAAUGACAUCAUUCGUAAACUCCACCCGCAUGCAGCAGCAGCGACCGCGGCGCACCCGCAUGGCGGUGCCGAUUCCGCUGGCCGUGGAGCGCUUCGGUGGCGACGUGGACAUGGCAGGGGAGGAUGAUGAUCUACCGGGAGAUGAAAAUCCACCCGUUGACACAGCACAAAACCCCGCGAUCAACGAGUCGGUGGAUACGGUUUUUGCCUCUACUGAGAAGGAAAAACUCCGUUUGUCUUCCGCUGCAGCGGCAGGCUUUGGAGAAGGACUGUUGAAACAAGCGGGAGCAGCAGCACCGUCAUCGUCAUCGCGCCAGUUCUUUCUCAGCAACAGCCUGACUCCCGGAGCUCCGCAUCAAUCAGCACAACAACAACAGCUCCUGAAGGAUUCGACGCGCAUGCACCAGUACAACCGGGGAUCGCUGAGUGCCACGGUGCUGAUGGGAUCGACCGCGAUCCAGCCUUCCACCAUCACUUCCGGAGGGGGAAGUAACUUUCCGAUGAAAAAUUCUGACUCAGGCCUCCCUGCUGCAACCGACUUCUUCAGUCCAGACGGCCGGGUGAACAAUUUGAACAACCGGGCAGAUGACAAUUUUCUGAGCCGCCAGGUGGAUCACCUGCUGGCAGAGCUGUUUACCCGCAACGCAGAGCUGGAGAACUUGAAGAAAAAACUUUACGGUGGGGGAUCUUCCGGGGCAGGUGGUGGCCCAGCAGGUCAACCCGACACCCGAACUUCGACUAAGACGAGCCAGGUGGGUGCUACAGCCGCAGGCGUGCCGAUCGGGAAAGACCAGCAAGUUGCUGAAGAAGAUGAGGAAAUUCCCGAGGAACUGUCGUACCAACACCUGCUCCCAAUGUCGCCAGAGAAUGUCGCAAGAAGUCCUCGCGGCGCAGCAGGGCGGGACAGCAAAUCGAAUUCGCCUGGUGACGAGAAAGAAAACACCAAACCACUGUCCGUCUCCGAGCGGGUCGCGGCCUUGGAAGCGAGGCGGUUACUGAAUAAAGACGAGGUAAACCCUGUUGACGGCACGAAUUUCACGAAGCUCCAGGCCGUGAAAGCCGAGUCGGAGAUGCUGGAGAAAUUGAAGAUGAAAAGCCAGAUCGAAACCCUGCAGAAGCAAAAGGACGAGAUCGCGGCGGAGAUGCAGAAAAAAGUUUGUGACACCGAGGACGCAACUAGGACCGCGUUGCGGGAGCAGCAUGAGAAACAGGUGAAGAAUUUGCAGGAACGGGCGGAAGAGCAGGAGGGGCAGUGGAAAGUCGAAGAGAAAAACUUGCGGGAAGAGAAAUUGCAAUUGCUGGAGAAGGUACAUAUAGUGUUACUGAUGAAGACACUUGCAAACUUGCAAAAUUAUGCAGCAGCACUUUAACAGUAGCGAUAUGUUGACGCAGAGGCCAAGUGGUCUCUUGUUCAACGAUAAAUCUCCUAUUAUGUUGCAAUUUUACCAACUAUCAGGUCACCCUCCUGCAGCAGGAGAAAGACUGGGUGGAGAAACGACGAGACGCGAUCGAGGAAGAAAAAACGGAACUGCAUCAGAAAUGGCUCCUUGCCGUGAAGGAGGCGGAGGACGCGGAACGCCGGCUGGCGGACAGGAUCACGAACCACGGGAAGGAGAUCCAGGAGUUGGAAGCGGUAAGGAAAGCGGAUUUGAUGCAGUUUGAGAAACAGAUGGAGCAGCACGUGGACAGCGAGGUGGAAAAAUUGACCAAUUUCUUCGCAACAGCGGAGAAGAAGAAGUUUCUUGGAACAGAAGGAGGACUACGUGAUCCCCUGCGCUUGCUGCACUCAAGCAGCUUCGAGAAGAUUGGAGGAACAACGUCUAGCGGGGCCGGCACUUCAAAGAGGAGCACUGCGGGCCAUCAUCUUCGAGAAGAUGUUGUUGAAAACAACAAGCAGAAGACUUCAUCUGCCACCUCCGCGAAGAAAAAAGAGAUGAGAAGCAGCGAUGAUAAAAAUCCGCUUGCUUCCUCCAUCGAGGGCGCGCCCACCGAGUUGUCCAGCGACUCAUCCAUGCGAUUCAGCUUGGACGCAGACAGCGGUUGUAUGGUGGCCAAGUCAGCAAAAAACUCGCACGUCAUCUCCACGGGGCACACGCAGUGGAGGCCGAAGAUGAGAAGUGGAACUAGUAAAAACUCGCAAGCGGAAGAUCAUUAUGAGGAAGCACCAGGGGAGCCAACGCUAGUCAAGGUCUUCAGCCCCCGUGGUACUUCUGGAGCUGCUGCUGCGUCAACUACAUCUCCUGACGAAGAUAUCGGUGUCGCGACCGAAUCACGACUUAAUGCCGGCGGCCCGGGUCUGCAGGUUCAGAUCAAACCCGGGGACAAAGUCAUCAACCUGAACAUUCGAACAACAGGUUCUCAACCAAUCCCCGAACCCGUCCUACAACCCCUGUCCGCAGCCGAGGAGAUUGAUCUCAUCGGGACGAACGGCACUUCGUCGAACACCCUGUUCGGGGAAUUUUCCAACAAGGUGCGGUAUUUGAGCUCGGGGCUCGAAGCCUCGGCGGCGACCAAGCGGAAUUUCGCGGGCAAUUUGGAGCGGAAUUUUUAUCCUGGGGCAGGGCCGGGUGGUCUUUUGGGUGUCGGCGAUCCAGAUGGGGGCAUGGAGGAGGAAGUGAUCGGCGGAAGUAGUGCAGACGAGGAUCCUGAAAAUAACAAAGGAAUAACGACCUCGGGCACAACUGCACAGCCACAGUUUCUCUUCGCGUCAGAUGCCGCAGCAGGAGGCUGGCCCAGCAGGCCAGAAUUCGUUUCGUCGUCAUUUUCGGCGUCUUCAUCGAGACCCAGGCCGGCGCAAAUACAUGGUCAAUCAGUGACGAAGCAAGAGGUGGAUGAUUUUUUGGGAAAGAUAAACCAAGCGAGCCCGAUCAAAAAGUUUUCCGACAGCGACGAUUUCUACCGGCGAAGAGCAGAUCCCGUGUCCAACUCGUGGUUGCCGAAUAAACAUCAAACUACCGCUGGCGCUCAACAUCUAACUCCGAAGCAGUUUUUAGACGAGUUUCUGAACAACAAGCAGGAAAGCAAGAAUUCGUCCGCGAGUAUGUCGGCGUCUGAAUUGGAGGAAGAGCUGACGUUUGAAAAGUACAAACUGAAAAAGGAACAGGCGGAGAGAAAACAGAAACACACAACUACAGCAGCACAUAGUGCAGCCACAUCAUCCUCCGCUGGAGUUGUUGUUCCUGAUGCAUACCGCCUUUCCGGGUCAUACGAGCUCCCGUCUAGCUCGCGACACGUUUCUUUAACGGAGAAUUACAACAGCAGGGGUGUGUUCGCGACGACAACAGCGACGACUCUAGAAGAAGACGUGAAGAGCUGCUUCUUGGCGAGAAAAAACAAGCAAGCCACAGCAAAAACAUCAACCGGAGGACAGACUACAAGCGGCACCACUCCCACGACGUCAGCAACUACACGCACAACAACUACAACUUCCGGCGGGGGCUUGAAGACCCGAGAGCCCGGGUUUGUUGUCACUCGCACGACACAGCACCAUCGUCCCGAUUCGCCGUCUCUGAAACAACGAGCCGCCGCUGCGGCUGCUAGUCAACACGCUUCAUCUGCUGGCGCGAGUAACAACAAGUCCACGAAUGAGGCGCGCAUUGAAAAAUUGAGGCAGGAGCUGGAAGAGGACAUUGCGAGGAUAAGGUCCACCACGAACGUCUCCCAGGAUUGCGAUUCGAGCAAUGUACAGAGUCUGAUGCGGGAGAUCGACGCGGAUGUCGCGCGGCUGCGGACGGAGCGGGGGGAAGGGAGUGUUGGGAGCGGCAUAAUUGGACCACAGACGGCGGGAAGUGCGGCGGUAAUAUUUCAAGAACAUCAACAUCGCAACUCGAACUCCACACAGCAUAACAAAGCAGCUGCUGGACAUACAUCUUCCGCAUCUUCCAGUGCGGUACUCGCGUCGAACAAGCAGACUUCUGUCACCGUCGCCACGGUGGAACUCCAGGAGCCGUCGACGUCCCACCUGUCUAGCGGGUUGGGGACUAUACCGGACGAACCUGCGCAAGCAGCGUCAGCUUCUUCCGGUGGCGGCGCCGCGACAACUAGUACACAACAGCACCAUCACGGCUUCACGUUUGGGAACGACUUAGUCGGUGUGGACAAUUUGAGUGUCUCCUCCAUCGGGCAUAUCUCGCAGGAGAUUUCGGACGUUCUUCCGGAUGACAUCUCGGGCGAUAUCACAGCAAAAAGUGUUAACGUUAACGGAAUUUGUGAUGCAGCAAUGCAUCGCAAGGCAUAAAGAUAAACAUGCCAAAACUUGUAAUGCAUAGCAUGCAUAUUGGGCUACAUUUGUGAUGCAUGACUGCAAUCUGUGAAAAGCGUUAACGUUAAGACUUUUCCUUGUGAUAGGCGACCUCGUCCCGGAAGAGGACAGUGGGCAGGGGGCAACGCGGAGUCGCGUGGCGGCGUUGGAGAGAGAACUGGACAAAAUUCUCACGGAAAAGGUUUGAGAUAGAAUGUUGACAUGGGUUUUCACCUGUUGCUCAUGGAGUUGAUGUAGAGGAAGGGCGUUGUACUACGCGCAAACAGUACAUCAAGAUCAUCUCGUAUAGUGGACUCCUCCUCCACCUCGGCUCUCUAUAGUGGAAGAUCCGAGCGGACACGAUGAGGAACCACCUCUCAAGAUCUUCACCAGGCUCAGGAGUGUUGCUAAAAUGUCAGUGCGGUAGUUGUAUGUCCGGAGAUUUCCGCUCCUGGUUCUUUUCCUGCGCCAGCUCGUUCUAACUAAAGUAGAUCGCAAAAACUAAGACGAGCCAAACCGGAAACACAUUCCUCAUUCGCAGUUGCUUGUGGAGGACAGCACAUUCGUCACGCGAGAUCUUCCACGAUCACUAUUUGAAGUAUGAGGGGUAGAUGUAGCGAACAAAGACAAACGAUGAAGUCGAAAGAUAUUUGAAUGAAAAACACGAGCAAAGACCUUGGUAAGUAGCCGACGCGCACACGCGUUUUAUUUGCGAUUUGCGCUCAUGAUGAUGAGGUGCUAUUCGCUGACGAUCAAGAUAUAAACUUUUAUUGUCCAACAGCUUACAUGAAGUAGCUGGAAUGAACAAGAACACGGAAAACG